AUGAAAUUGGAGUGCCCUUUUAAGAAACAUGUUAAGGUGGGCUGAAGAAGAGAUAAGGGUUCGGUUGAGAGUUUUAGAGGCUUCCCAUGUCUAAACUAGGGCCAGGUCACACCAAGUGCGACGCUCAGAUUUCCUCUAAAAAGCGGGUACAUUUCGGGCAUAGACCGCAUAACAAUCCCUCAACAUAUUAGCUCGCGCUUUCCAGACGCCGCGGAGAUAUUGAAUGAUCUUUGCUGGCCGAGAGAGUACGCUAGACGGGGAGAGCGGUCAUAGAAAAAAGCAGUUUUCGGCCAUAUUUUUUUGCAUAAUACCUGCUCAUUACAGUAAAUCGCAUUUUCCCCAGGAAGGUUGCUUUUUAAAUACGCGCGAUCAACUUUUAUCUUCACCAAUUGCCCGGAAACAUACUGAAACUCCGUUUUCAGAACAUGCCCGAAUACGAGCUGAUAUACUUCGGUAUCCCCGGCAGAGCCGAGCCCAUCCGACUGUGCUUUCAUGCUGCUGGAGUCCCUUUCAAAGACACCAGAGUUGCACGUGAAGACUGGCCAACUGUGAAGCAGGACGUGAAAAGUAAGUCGCUUGCUUGGUUAUAUACAUACUUGCACUGUAAAAAUAAAGCAUUUACCUUGGUCUUUUCAGAGAUCCCAUUCGGAGUGAUGCCGGUUUUACUGAUCGAUGGGAAGCCGUUGUGUGAGAGUCACACCAUUACUCGCUACGUCGCCAAAGUGACUGGACUGGACGGCGGUCCAGAUCCCCUCGACGUCGCUCAUAUCGAUCAAAUUUAUGAGAUGUGCAGAUCGUUCAGCGAUGCGGUGUUCAGAUAUCUGAUGGUGUGUCUGGGAGUGCUUCAGGAAGACAAGGUAAACAAGAGUUUUUGAUGACUUUAUUAUGAGUCAAGUCUUCCUCUGUUGUGUGUCGAGUGAUUUCUUAAUGAGUCAAGUCUUCUCCUAUUUUGUGUCGAGUGAUUUCUUAAUGAGUCAAGUGUUACCCUAGUUUUAAACUGAUUCCCCAAGAGUCAAGUCUUCCCUUAGUUUGAGUCAAGCGUUUCCCCAAUGAGUCAAGUCUUCCUCUAUUUUGUGUCAAGUGAUUUCUUAAUGAGUCAAGUCUUCACCUAAUUUGAGUCAACUGAUUUUCCAAUGAGUCAAGCCUUCCUCUAUUUUUGGUCGAGUUAUAAUAUUUCUUAAUGAGUCAAGUCUUCUCCGUGUUUGUGUCAACUGUUUCCCCAAUGAGUCAAGUCUUUCCCAAGUUUGGGUCAAUUGUUUUUCUAAUGAGUCAAGCCUUACUCUAUUUUGUGUCAAGUCAUUUUCCAGCAUUCUUUCGGGAAAAUAAUGUGGACUAAUCGCGACAAAAUGCUUCUCCCAUCAAACCGCCAGCAAAGCGAUGACAGGCGAUUCCAAGCCGCCACAAACCCACAUUAUUUUCCCGACAGACUCACACCAAAUUUUUUCAGCAAAAAUUGUGCGACGAGGUGUUCUCGCCCAACGUCGAAAAGCACUUCAACCACAUUCGCUCCCAACUCAAGCCGAGCGGGUUCUUCGGCGACAAAGUCACAUACGCCGACAUUUACUGGUCCCGAGUCAUCCUGGUCUUCAACAAGUUCAACCCGGAGAUCAUCCAGAAAUACCCCGAGUUCCUGGAGCAGGCCAAAAAAGUCAACGAGUUGCCGCAGUUGCAAGACUACUUAAAAUCACAGCAGCAAGCCUGA